UUUUCAUUUUGCGACAGUAGCGUGCUCCAACGUUUUGACUGCUGGUCGUAGUUCGAAAGAAUCUGGCAUGCAUUCAUGUGUAGCGAAUACGUGAAAGAGCGUGUUUGAAGAAAUUACAUACAUUUAUAUACUAUAAUAAUACGUAGAUGUAUUACAUAGUGUAGUAUAAUUACAACGAAGCCGAAUAUUUUAACCUGGGCUUUUUGCCUCGAUUACAUGAGAUAACUAUAACUUGACACUUCGUGGAAAUGCUGUAUUUUAUUGGCCUUGGUUUAGGAGAUGCGAAAGACAUCACUGUAAAGGGACUGGAAAUCAUUAAACAAUGCAGUCGUGUCUACUUGGAAGCCUACACGUCCAUACUGACUGUCGGUAAACAAGCUUUGGAGGAAUUCUACGGCCGUGAGCUGAUACUUGCGGACCGGGACAUGGUGGAGCAGGAAGCCGAUGAGAUCCUGAAAGGGGCGGACGCCGUCGACGUGGCCUUCCUGGUUGUGGGCGAUCCGUUCGGGGCCACCACGCACAGCGACUUGAUCCUGAGAGCGGUGAACGCUGGCAUCAGAUACACGGUCAUCCACAAUGCCUCCAUUAUGAAUGCGGUUGGAUGUUGUGGUCUUCAACUGUAUAACUUUGGUGAGACCGUGUCUAUAGUCUUCUGGACAGACUCUUGGAAACCUGAGAGCUUCUACGACAAAAUCAAGAGGAACCGUGACAGUGGGUUGCACACGCUAUGUUUGCUCGACAUCAAAGUCAAGGAACAGACCAUGGAGAACUUGAUGAGGGGCCGUAAGAUUUACGAGCCGCCCAGGUACAUGAGCGUGAAUCAGGCAGCAGAGCAGCUCCUGGAGAUCGUGCAGAAUCGGAGGGAGCGGCAGGAAGACCUCGCCAUCACCGAAGACACCAUCUGCGUGGGGCUGGCGAGGGUGGGGGCCGAAGACCAGGCAAUCGCGGUGGGGACGCUGCACCAGCUGGCAUCAUGUGACCUGGGCGGGCCCCUCCACUCACUCAUCGUUACGGGUCACCUGCACCCGCUGGAGGUGGACAUGCUCCGCCUUUUCGCCAUCCAGCUUGACACCCUUCAGAAUCUGAAGAUGACGGACAGCUCCACAUAUGUGUCCUAGGCGCACUAUGCUGGGAGAGGGGGGGCAGGGUACCUCAAACAUGCUCCUGCGAGAUGAGGCCAGGCUGAAAGUCAGAUGGUGCAGUACGCCGGAUUAUCCACUUCUCCCUUCAGAAGACGAUGCCUCCUGGAUGGGAUCUCCACACGGAUUGUAUGCGUCUGCAACCUUCUGGCGUAUUCAGGAAGAGCUGAUGAGAAAAUGGCUCUCAAAGGACUACUUGUGACAGAGGGACAACCUGACAAUCCCCCAAAACUACAUUUGCUGUAUCGUGACUGGUCUGUAUUGAUUUUCUGUAAUAUACCUUAGAAUUCAUCUUCACUUUAAAGCCCUUGAAAAUGCCAGUUGCCUAAAUCCCAGAAAAGAUUAACCAGGUGUUAUUUAUCAUUCAGAGGUUAAAACCCCACAAUGAAAUGUUACAGGGCAAAAUAAAAUAGGGAGAAGGUAGAACUUUAGGAAUAAAAAGUCAUGUGCUAUUGGUAUCUUGACAGUUACUAUAUUAAGGAAUAAUUAAAUAUAGUCCUUGUUCAAAAAUACUUUUCAUGAAAAUAUGAGUCAUGUUUUCAACCCUUUGGGCAGAUUUGCUGCAAUGUUACAAAAUUCAUUUCCUAUUUUGAAUUUGGAAACGGGUGGCAUGGUCACAUGCAGGAAACAGUGUCAGAAGACGUGUGUGUACGUGUGUGUGUCCGUCCACAGGCCAGCAUAAGGAAGCUGAGUGUUCCAGAUUUCACGUGCGUGUGGCUUGCAGGUUGCAGCAAGUGUCUAAAAGUGAACUUAGUUAUUUGACAUGCAGCAGUUCUUGCAGGUCUAAUGGAUCAGCCAGUGUUUUUAUGAAAAAUGCUAAAUUCAUUCCUAAAUGAAUGUUUCGUCGUGUGCCUCUUUUGGCCUGAACUGGUGCUCAUCUUUCCAGCUGUGGUCUCAUCUUCUUGAAUCGGAACUAAUUAAAUUAUUCCUCAGACUUGA